AUGAUCGACGAACCAUUAUUUACAAUAGAAAUCAAUGAUCACCAUCAAACGGUGGCUGAUGGUCGUACCAAUCCUAACGAUAUCGAGGAAGAUGAUGAUAAUCGUUUUGUCCUCAACGACACCGGUGUUGAUCCGUUACAAGCCAAUCAAACAGAAACAGUUCAAAUUACCGAGCGAACGGUGAAUCCACGUGGAGAACGCGUCUCACCACAUGACUUCCAGCUACUGAAAGUCUUGGGAAAAGGUGGAUAUGGGAAAGUAUUUCAAGUACGAAAGAUUUCCGGUAGUCAUCAGAAUAAAAUUUUUGCCAUGAAAGUUCUUAAAAAAGCCAAAAUUGUCCGUAAUGCAAAAGAUACCGCACAUACGAAAGCUGAGCGAAACAUUCUCGAAUGUGUUAAAUGUCCGUUUAUUGUCGAUCUUAUCUACGCAUUUCAAACAGGUGGCAAACUCUAUCUAAUCUUAGAAUAUUUAUCAGGUGGUGAAUUAUUCAUGCAGUUGGAACGUGAACAAAUCUUUUCAGAUGAUGUUGCUUGUUUCUACCUAUCUGAAAUACUGCUUGGUAUUGAACAUCUUCAUAAACAAGGAAUUAUUUACAGAGGUGAGAACGAUUUCUCCAGGUAUCUCAAACCGGAAAACAUUCUUCUUGAUGCUGAAGGGCAUGUAAAACUAACCGAUUUUGGUUUGUGUAAAGAAUCGAUAUACGAUGGUGGACAGACGAAUACAUUCUGUGGCACUAUCGAAUACAUGGCACCGGAAAUCUUAACUCGUAGUGGCCAUGGCAAAGCCGUUGAUUGGUGGUCAUUUGGUGCAUUGAUGUACGAUAUGUUAACGGGUGCUCCUCCAUUCACAUCUGAUGAUCGUAAGCGAACAAUGGACAAAAUUAUCAAUGCUAAAUUGAUCCUACCUCCAUACUUGACCCUGGACGCAAGAGAAUUGAUUCGGAAUUUGCUUCGUCGACAAGUUAGUCAUCGACUUGGUAGCGGGCCAGAAGAUGGUGUGGCAAUCAAGAAUCACGGAUUUUUCCGUCAUUUAAAUUGGAAUGACGUUUAUGCAAAACGCACCACUCCACCACAUAAACCACUGCUCAACAGCGAUGAUGAUGUUAGCCAGUUCGAUACAAAGUUUACUAAACAAACGCCUGUUGAUUCACCUGACGAUAAUAUGAUCAGUACAAGUGCAGAUAUAGCUUUCUUAGGUUUUACCUAUGUUGCACCUUCAAUUUUUGAAGAUUUCCAUAGCAAUGGUUAUCGUUCUCCGAAGACCAUGUUGUCCUCAGAGAAUAUUUCCCAAGCAUUCAUUUCAAAGCUAUCCGGCUCUGCAGGCUUAGCCGAUUGUCAAAUGACGACAACGACAACUGAAGCUAUGGAUGUAUGUGAUAUUUCAUCAUCGUCGCGAGUUGUAAAGUCAUCAACAUUAAAUAGGCAUCAGACAAGUAAACCAAAAAGCCCAGUGAUCAACGGUCUUAUCUAA